CCGCGGUGCGCUUGGCGGCUGGAGUGGAGCGAGCGCCCCGGCAGCGGCGGUGGGGUCGAGGGGCCCGGCGGGCGGCGGCGUUGCCAUGUCGCACGGCCACAGCCACGGCGGGGGCGGCUGCCAGUGCGCUGCCGAACGGGAGGAGCCACCCGAGCAGCGCGGUCUGGCCUACGGCCUGUACCUGCGCAUCGACCUAGAGCGGCUGCAGUGCCUCAACGAGAGCCGCGAGGGCAGCGGCCGCGGCGUCUUCAAGCCGUGGGAGGAGCGGACCGACCGCUCCAAGUUUGUUGAAAGUGAUGCAGAUGAAGAGCUUCUGUUUAAUAUUCCAUUUACAGGCAAUGUCAAGCUCAAAGGCAUCAUUAUAAUGGGAGACGAUGAUGAAUCACAUCCCUCUGAGAUGAGACUGUAUAAGAACAUUCCACAGAUGUCCUUUGAUGAUACGGACAGGGAACCAGACCAGACCUUUAGUCUGAACCGGGAUCUUACAGGAGAGUUAGAGUAUGCUACAAAAAUUUCUCGUUUUUCAAAUGUCUAUCAUCUCUCUAUUCAUAUUUCAAAAAACUUUGGAGCAGACACCACAAAGGUCUUUUAUAUUGGCCUGAGAGGAGAAUGGACUGAGCUUCGCCGACAUGAAGUGACCAUUUGUAAUUAUGAAGCAUCGGCCAACCCAGCAGACCACAAAGUUCAUCAGGUUACCCCACAGACACACUUCAUUUCCUAAGGGCUGGCCAAGGCUCCCACAGAGGCUGUGUCUCAAUGAAGAUAUACAACUACCUACUGGAAGGAAAACAUGAUAGGGCUCCCAAGAGAGUUGGCUGCCACAGACUCUGCCAAAGUUUGUCUUUGGGGCUUGCUGUAGAAACUUGGCCUACGGAAGAUACCACACCACUGGGAGGGUUGUGUGGGUGCCGAGGGACUAUCAUGGUUCUCUAGGGCACUGCAGAAAUUGGGUCUUCGCUGGUCUAGCAUCUGGCAGUCAUGGAAAACAGCUGCUUUGCCAGUCUGAAUGUGCCAUGGGAUCCCAAAUGUCUUGUUGAUUUGUGGCAGGAUUUGUAUGUGACCUGUUUUUUAAAAAAUGGAAACAGUUCUUGGGCUGCAGGAAACUUCUGAAGCCUCUGGAUUGUGUCUGUAUUAGCCAUCAGGAGAGUCUCCAGUGAGAAAUAGUUGUCCCUGCUUGUUCCUUCUCCCUGUCAUUGUUCAGCAUUCUUGUCAAGUUGCCCAGCUUGGAGUUGUCUGUCACACACGAGUGUCCCAGAAUUAUAGCUGGAAGGGUAGGAGUCUCCUGGUGAUACUUAAUAGCUUGGAGAGAAGGUCCUUUUUCCCACUGCCUAGGUAAGCAGUCUGGGGAGAACAUGGGAAUCGUUUCCAUGUUGGUAGAAAGAUUUGGGGUAAGAUUGGGACUUGGGUAAGAUUGGGACUUAGGUAAGAUUCCCCUUUGGAAGAUCCUUAAUGUUUGUUUCUCACUAGUGUUUUAAGCCCAAUGCCAGAAUUUGGAGAUCUCUGAGUUUUUUUGUUGAUGGCUUUUUAUUCUCUGUGACUAAUAAGCUUCCUAAUAAAUCCUUGCCAGACUUAA